AUGCUUCGCGAGGCUGCUAGCUCUGUAUGGAAGAGACAAUCGACCAUUGGUCACUUACGGCUCACCACGACAAUGCUCUCAAUGACGCACAAUGACAAAACGAUGUAUCUAGGCAGUAAUAUAAGCGCGCGGGUGGGGUCGCGGCGGCGCUCGUCGCAGGGCUCGCCCGCCGCGCUGUUGGCCAACUUCGACACCAGCGUUCUGCAGAUCCGUGACUGGGUGUCCGUGGAAGUGGAUAUGUUGCGAGCGCAGCCGGUCGCCGUGGGCGACGUAGACGACAUUCUGCAGCAGCUCGACAAACAGAAGGGUGUACUCCGGGAGUUGGAGCAGAAAAAACCCCAGUUGGACGAACUGCUGCACACUGCUGAGAGUCUGAAGGGCACGGAGAACAGACAGCAACUACAUGGAAAAGCUGAUAUUACCGGUUUUCCAGUAUCAAAAACCAGUGCUCAACUAUUACACUUGAGAGCACUGCUCAAAGUGACAGCCCUACGCGAGCACUGGGAUGAUGCGAACGCGCGUGUGCUCCAGCGCAAGGCGCAACUCGACGCGAUGCUCGGCGACUCGCAGCGAUACGAAGCGAGGCGGCGUGACGCGGACGCUUGGCUCACGCGCAUGGAGACAAGACUGGCGGCCAUGACACCGCCCGGACAUACCGCAGAUGUACUGGAGAUGCAGUUGAGGGAACAGAAGUCAUUCCACGCGGAGGUCCACCAAUACAAGCAUCAGAUCGAACUAUUCGGCCAGCUGACCCAGCGGCUGAUCGCGGUCUACCGUAACGAUGAUACCACACGCAUCAAGCGAGCCACUGAGGCCAUCAACCAUAGAUAUAGUGAACUUAAUAACAGUAUCAUAGCUCGAGGUAAAGCGCUGCACUCAGCGGUGUCGUCGCUGCAGAAUUUCGACCGUUCACUGGAGAAGUUCGUCGCGUGGCUUAGUGAAGCGGAGUCUUUGCUGGAUGCUGCAGAACGGGAUCCACAUCUACUCAAGGACCUGCAAUCAGAGAUAGAAACGCAUCGAGAUGUGUACGCCUCGCUCACGGGUACAGGGCGGCGGCUGCUCGGCUCGCUGUCGUCGCAGGAAGAUGCUGUCAUGCUGCAGCGGCGGCUGGAUGAGAUGAACCAGAGAUGGCACCAUCUGAAGGCUAAGAGCAUGGCUAUAAGAAACCGCCUCGAGAGUAACGCAGAACACUGGUCGGCGUUGCUGCUGUCACUCAGGGAACUCACUGAGUGGGUGAUCCGGAAGGAGACCGAGCUGAACGGCCUCGCGCCGCCCAGGGGAGACCUGACUGCGUUGAUUAAACAACAGGAUGACCACCGCGCGUUCCGUCGCCAGCUGGAGGACAAGCGGCCGGUGGUGGAGAGCAACCUGCUCAGCGGGCGGCAGUAUGUCGCCAACGAGCCGCCGCUCUCCGACACUAGUGAUACUGAACCGAGUCGGGAAAGCGAAGGCGACUCCCGAGGCUACCGCUCGGCGGAGGAGCAGGCCCGCGAGCUGGCCCGCUCGAUCCGCCGCGAGGUGGCCAAGCUGGCUGACAAGUGGAACACGUUGGUGGACCGCAGCGACGCCUGGGGACGCUGCUUGGACGACGCAGUACAGCGCGUUCGUCAAUUCACAACAUCGCUCGAUGAGCUUGCGUCCCGCGUGCAAGCGGCCGAAGCAGCUAGGGCGACAUGGAGGGCGCCGGGCGACGCGCGGGAUGCGAGGGCGCAGCUAGACGCCGUGUCGCGGGCCAGGGCGCAGAUCCCGCCGCUGAGGAGACAGGUGGACGAGCUGAGGGCGCAGGCGCAGGCGUUGGCCAGGGAUAACGUUCAAUUGCCUGAACAUCUUGUGGGCAGAUUGGAUGAUUUGAAUACGAGGAUAUCAGCGCUAACCUCCGGGGGCGAGGAGCGCGCGCGGCAGUUGGCCGGCGUCGCCCGGGACGGGGGCGCGGGCGCGGCGCAGGGCUUCCUCGCCGGCUCGGUGCGCCCGCCCUGGGAGCGAGCGGUCACCCCGGCGAACGUACCUUAUUAUAUUAACCAUGAACUAGAAACGACUCAUUGGGAUCAUCCCAAAAUGAUAGAACUAAUGAAUUCACUCGCCGAUUUGAACGAGGUUCGAUUCUCGGCGUACAGGACAGCACUCAAAUUAAGAACUGUGCAGAAAGCUUUGUGCAUGCACAUGCUCCAACUACCCGCAGCGUUAGAAGCGUUCGACUCGCACGGUCUGCGCGCGCAGAAUGACCGCCUCAUCGACAUACCCGAUAUGAUCACUGUGCUCACUUCUUUGUAUGAGGUGAUAGCAGCAGAAAACCCGAGUCUAGUGAACGUGCCGCUGUGCCUGGACCUGUCCAUCAACUGGCUGCUGAACGUGUACGACAGCCAGCGCACGGGGCAGAUCCGCGUGUUGAGCUUCAAGGUGGGGCUCGUGCUGCUCGCCAAGGGGCAUCUGGAGGAGAAGUACCGGUACUUAUUCCGUUUAAUAGCAGACCCGUCGUGUCGCGCUGAUCAAAGGAAAUUGGGACUCUUGUUACAUGACUGUAUACAGGUACCACGACAACUAGGUGAAGUAGCAGCAUUCGGAGGGUCGAACAUCGAGCCCUCCGUGCGGAGCUGCUUCGAGCAAGCCUCCGUCGCGGCCAAGGAGGGCAAUAAGGGCAGCACUCUUGAUAGGAAGACUGUGGACAAAGAAAAAGACAAAGAGAAGGAGUCACAAGAGAAGGAGCGUACCCUCGAGCGCGACGCGGACGGCCAGGUGCAGCACAUAGAAGCGUUCCACUUCCUGCAGUGGCUGCAGAAGGAGCCGCAGUCCAUGGUGUGGCUCCCCGUGCUGCACCGCCUCGCUGCUGCGGAGAGCGCCAAGCACCAGGCCAAGUGCAACAUCUGCAAGGAGUACCCCAUCGUGGGCUUCCGAUACCGCUGCCUCAAAUGUUUCAACUUCGACAUGUGCCAGAAGUGCUUCUUCAGCGGCAGGAAAGCAAAGAACCAUAAGCUCACUCAUCCCAUGCAGGAAUACUGCACUGCGACCACAUCAGGAGAAGACGUUCGUGACUUUACCCGAGCUCUGCGCAAUAAGUUCAAGUCUGCUAGAUACUUCAAGAAACAUCCUAGAGUUGGAUAUCUUCCUGUUCAAACUGUACUUGAAGGUGACGCAUUAGAAUCCCCGGCCCCCUCCCCGCAGCACGGAGCGGGCACUGCGAGUGCGGACGACAUGCACUCGCGUCUCGAGCUCUACGCGACACGACUUGCGCAAGUGGAACUCGGCGCACGACCUGCUGAUACACCGGAUAGCGACGAGGAGCACCAGCUGAUCGCUCAGUACUGCGCGUCGCUGAACGGUGGAGCUGACGGCGAGGAAGCCCCGCGCUCGCCCGUGCAGGUCGUCUCCAUCAUACACCGCGAGCAACGCCACGAGCUGGAGGCCAUGAUCCGGGAGCUAGAGGAAGAAAACGCAAGUCUGCAAGCUGAGUACGAGCGGCUGAAGGCCAAGCAGACGCCGGGCUCCACGCCUGAGGAGCAGCUCAACGUCAACGAGAAUAGGAAUGCACCUGUCGAUCAGGACAUGAUGGCGGAAGCUCGUCUCCUCCGUCAACACAAAGGAAGACUGGAGGCCCGAAUGCAGAUCCUUGAGGAACACAAUAGACAACUUGAAGCGCAACUGCAAAGACUUAGACGCUUGCUUGACGAGCCAACGCAAGGCUCGCCGGCGGGUCGCACGGGCACACUGCAGACGCGCUCGGUGACCGCAUCACAGCUGGCCACGGACUCGCCCGCCAAAAUGCACAAUGGACUUUACCAUGAUGGACAUGCUAAUGAUCUUGGUAAAGCGGUAGAAGAACUAGUGUCAGUGAUGACGGAAGAUCAGCAAAACGCACCCCCACAAUACACCAACGGGAAACCUGAAGAAAACCAUAAAUAAACUAAUAUAUUCUAUGGUUAAUAAAUAAGACCAUCGACAACGCGCUAUGGUGCUCGCUAAUGUUGCCAAUUAGCACGGUUUCCCUUGUACAGCUCUGGCAGCACUGUUGCAACUUGGACCAAAGACAGUUCCACUUUUUUAUAUCAAUCAACACAAUAAUAUUUUAUAUUCACAGUUCCUACUAAUUUUCGACUCAUCACUAACAAUGCCUGCACACUGAACCUUUACUGUGCGAAACAAAUAAAAAUAGGAAAGACGUGUUUAUCAAUUUCGUGAUAAAUGUGAUUUGAAAAAUCAUUUUUGCAUGUCAAAACGGAUUACUUUAUUUUUCCUGACAUAAACAAAAUUAAAUACAAACGUUAUUACUCUACUUAGAUUAUUAACGUCAAUGUCAACGUCAACGACGUCACAAGAUGGCGCCGAGUCGAUCCUAUUCUUAUUUGAAUCGUCGUUAUACAAAAGCUAAUCUCACAACAUUCCACAACCGAACCGAGCUUUCCACCGCUUUGGGCAUUUGAUCCUUACGGGAUCGGUCGCAGGUCGAUCAGGCGCUUCCUGAUUAUUUGGCGAUAGCGAGGGUUCGUACAAACGAUUAUCGUAUGCAACGCUUAUUGUAUUAAUAAGGGCAUCCCGUUGUUGCAGUACGUGUCGUGAUUGAGUCAUUUUCCUCUUUACCUUUUUAUUUCACAAAAAACUUAUGCCUCGUGCCAACAGCGCUGCCAGAGCGAGCGUAAACAACGAAAAAGACAUUUGUACGGAGCAUUUAUACAUUUAAAAUUGUACCAAAUUUUUCAUAACUUGUUAAAAAUAUUAUCGUUUAAGUACAUAUCUAGUAGUACAAUCUUCAUUGUAUAAUCAUAUCACUUCUUGUAAAUUGUCAUAUCAUUUUUGCUGUGUAAACACCGGCGCGUAUUGUGUAAUCGUGUGACACGUGAAACGGAACGCAUUCGACAUCGAUGUCGGCGCGAAACUUCGCGUCGCCGUCGACAGAGAGCUAAGCUUUAAUAUAAUCACAAUUUUAGCUUUAAAUAACCAGUUUUGAGACAUUUUGACGCGGACCGGUAGAAACCGGUCGAGGGCCUAACGCAUCGGAAGCGAAUCGUUAUAGUUACACCGUUUUCUGCGUAUAUUAUGCCACCGGUCACCGGAGUGCGGCCGUAGUUAAUGAAUUCGUUAAAGUUUUCGCAGUAGUUAUAGAUGUAGCCAAAUGAAUAUGGAGCAUGUUAAGCGCAUAUUAUUGUGUACGUUAUCAUAUAUCGGAAAUAUGUAUUUAGAUGAUGAAAUAUGAAUAAUCCAGCUUGUAAUUAGAGGAUUGGUUUGUCCCGUAGUGCCGCGUGACGUCACGCGCCCUUCCUAGCGCCGCUCGCCCUUGUGUCUCCGGACCUUUUAUAUCGUGUGUCUAUAUUUAAGAUGACGCCUACCUUUUUAGAUAAGAUUAUAUUGGAGAGAUGACUUUUAUACGAAUGUUAAGUGACUGUUAAAACUAAUUUUACAAUAAGGACUUCCGAUUUUACCAUAUCACGAUUGUUGUUUUGAAUUUUUCGUAUUUGUGUAAUGGCAGGAACGAAAUGGCUUCUGUUACGGAUUGUAAAUUCUUUUAUAAUUAAUCAGAAUGUAUCGUGGCGUUUACAAUAUUGUACCCUUUGUAUCGCCGCCGUUUCUCUGACGCCAUUACCGUUUGUUUAUCGAUGCCGAGUUUUGGCAGCUCUUUGUUUCGACUGGCAACUAUGAAAUUUCCGUUCCAUUUUACGAAAGUUUAGUGAUUUAAUUUGGCUAAUAUAGAUUUUAAGAGAACGAAAAGCACAAUUUAUUAUUACUUAACAAACGAAAAAUAUUAAAUCUACACUAAUAUAUUGUUAAUAAUUUUAUUAUAUUUGUUUAACAUAAAGGACGAUUAGUGUCCCCUUUCGUUAUGAGAAAAUUUAACUCUUUGGCAAUUAUAUAAAGUACUACUACUUUCGCAUUUAUUUGUAUAUUUUACUGUGUUUAUAAUGUUUUAGAUGUUAAAUCCAAAUAAACAUUCUGCAUAGUGAA